GAAAGCACUACAUACAUGAACUCAGGUAUACUGUUAUAACAGCAAAAUAGACUGCGAUCCAUAAAUAAGUCCCGAGAAAUGGUAACCAGGGAAAGAGUAUGUGUUUAUAGUUACUGGCUUGGAAAGGCAACCAAGUUCACCCUUGAAUCUGGCAUAAAAUCUUGCAUGAUUUUUUGGUAAAAGCUUCUCGAAACAAAUCCACCUUCGAAUACUGACUUGCAGGAAUGUUGCAUGCGCCGCAAUUUGUAUUCGUCAGCGCUGAGUUCUGGAAAUGCCGAGAUGAGGCGGCGACUGGCGCAAGGCCAUCGGCAGGUUCACGUGCGACUAGCGAGCAAACAGCGCCGUCAUGAGAUCGAUGUGUUCCCAUGGCGCGGUCCCCCGCAGUCGCUGCAACUUGCGCUUAUCGAUCCGUGCGCGGGUCGCGCGUUGUAUUGGACUAGUCGUUGUAGGUGCGGGUGACAUCGCGCUCGUCUAUUUGCUCCAAUACCGUUUUGGUCGCUACUCGAAUGAGCAAUGGUCACAUUUGUGCUGCUAGAGGCUGAAAACCAUUCCAGUCUCAUGGAGUUGAUAGAAUAUGCAACUAUAAAGUCUAUGAAGUUUUCGGUGGCUACAGAUCUAAGCAAACUGUUCCCAAGCACCAGUACUGAUGCUGAAAAAGUUCAACCAGUAAACGGAGUUACCACUAGCGGGUCAACCGCGGCAAGCACCAGUGCCGACAAAGCCACUACUGAAACUGCAGCAUCGAGCACCUUUGAAGGUAGAGGUAGCGAAUCAGGGACGAUUUCGGCAGCUCUACUUUUGGAAGAGUCAGCAUCAGCAAAUUUUGACAACGUAAAGAAGGAGGCAAGCGAAAUGGACGGUUGGGAGAAUGAGGCAUCGACUACAGCCGGACUAAAUUUGCUAGACAUGUCGGCAUGGUCUACCGCUGGGACUGCAAGUGAAAAAGAGCACUUCAAAGAUGGGGAAGCACUGAUGACAGAGGCGAUAGACUGGUCAACAAUUACACCUGUCGUGGAGGCUGUAGAAAAAGCGCAAAGCGGUGAUAUCGCCGAUAUAGUAAACGCUACGUCGCAGAUAUCACAGCUUACCGUAUCCGUUGCCAUGUUGUGCUCGUCACUUAUGCAGCAGAUUUACACUGUGAAACGGAACUUCGUCGCUCUUCAAUGUCUUGUAUCGAAAAAAGUUGACACAAACUACAAAUCAGCACAGGGAUUACGCUUUUGCUUGGACAAUCAAAGGGAACACUGGAUCCUACCUGCUCAUCCUCCCUUCGUGGAACUUGACAUGACCAACGAGCUACGCCACUUCACACCUCCCACACGAGCAGCCAGCAGAGAAUAUCUCGUUAUGAUAGACUUUUUCCGAAGAGUUUUGUUGAAGCUGCAUUCGAAUCCACCCGAAAUUCGACGAUAUGCAGUGCGACUGCAAAAUUUCGGCAGAGAUUCUUUGUUGGAUCUGCCAGAAGACAUCGUGCAGUUUUUCAUUAAUUUUGCUUUGGACGGGCUUGGUCUUAGAGCAGAUGAACUUAGACGGGGUCAGAAAGAGCAACUCAUUGGUUCUCACAACGAGUUCUGGCUUCGGCUCGGAAACGACGAUAUUGCUCGUGAGAAAGAGUGGGAUAGGAGGAUGGAGUUGUUGGGGUCAUGGCCCAGCCACGCUAGAGCGGCCGUUUCCCAAGCAAUGGAAGAUGUGCGAAGAUAUGUUGUAGUCGACGGAAAGCUACGACCUCCUCCUAAACGUGCUGGCGAGCGGACGUCUUCUUCACGAAACGCCAAACAUGCCAGAGCAGAGGAGAAUGAUGAAGACGAUCUUGAUAAUGAUGGCAAGGGCAUCACAUUUGCUUGAGAUAUCUCGCAACAUUGUCUUUACUAUAUACAAAUACUCUAUGCUGCUGUUGAUGUUGUGAAUAUACAGAGAUCUUCAUGUUGAUAUCAUGUAUAUGUGGCCUUCGAAUUCCAACUAAAAGUUUGAUUAUAAAACUUCAUAUCCUAGUGAACUGUGGU